UGCCGCCGCCGUCGCUCGGUCAGUACAUAUAUCACCGGCACGCUGGGCACACCGCUGUUCCACUCCCCGGCGUCGUUGCUCUGGACGUGCAGUAUAUUAUAAUAUGCAAGUGUGAUCAUCGGAAGGACUGUUCUCGUCGUCUUGUCGUCUCCACUUGACUGUCGUUCGGAUUGCUGUCAUCACAUACAGAAAAUUGAAAAAUGGUUAAUAAUCGGACUCUAUUUACAAUAUUACUAACGGUACUCGCAGUAAUCUUCGGUCUAUUCAAAUUAUGGUGCCUGAUAACUCAGUUAAAAACUAUGACAUUAGAAGAUGAUACGAGUGAUGUUCCUGCUGUCAAUCAAACUGAAAUAAAUUCGACUGCUCCCAAAUUUAAAGAUCUCGAUAGCGUCGACAAAGUGAUGGUAGGCUACGAAAGAAAUACGAUAAAAUUGAAAUGUGAAGCUGAAGGUAAUCCUUUACUGAACAUAACAUGGUAUAAAGACGGAGUCACGCCACCUCAACGUCAAUGGGGUGUAAUUAUAUACACUCAAAGGGCCAUAAUACUACACAAUUUAACAAUGGAGGAUUCCGGUACUUACAAGUGUAAAGUGAUCAACGAAAACGGAUUUAUAGAUUUCACUUAUAAAGUAGAAGUACACAAACAAUUUCCCGGUAUGAUCUACAUUAAAGAAGGGAAUAACAUCACCGCACUCGUACACACCAACACAUCGUUUGAUUGUAAUGUGGAGGCUGAUCAGAAACCAUAUAUUGAAUGGUUAUAUCAUAACACCAGUUUCAAGAAUGUCAAUGAUACAAAUUUAAAUGACGGCAUUAUUAUUAAGGAUAGCAAUAGCUCUAGCAACGAGUCCAUCAUCGCGGAAUUAUUGAAACUGAUCGACGUAACGCAUUUGAACGAAGGAUGGUAUACGUGCAAAGCUAUAUUGAAAAAUGACACGGUCUACGCUAGUGUCUAUUUGAAAGCGAUUAACACAUUGGAAGUACCGAAGAAUAAAGUUUUUAAAUUAAAAGUGUACCAUUCGAUUACUAUGGUCAUAAGCUACGAGUUGAUAAUUUUGGCCUGCGUCAUAAUGAUUGUGCAUAGACAAAAAAAGAAGAAAGAGUUGAUGGCUAGGCAAUCUGAUGGAAACGAAAAAAUCACUCAAUGGACCAAGAAAAUAGUUAUCGAAAAACUAAAAAUACCCGAUGUCAACGAAUCAUUAACAAAACCAGUAGUGAAUAUCAAAAAAAAGAAAAGCAAAAGCACCAAUUACAAACUGCCAAUCGAUCGUGAUUUUGAAUUUCCUAGACACAAACUAUAUCUUGGUAGAACUAUAGGUGAAGGAGAAUAUGGUAAAGUUGUACGUGGAAAGAUUGAUGGAAUUAUACGUGAAACUGGAUUGUGCAAGCUCGCUGUAAAAAUGUUAAAAGAUGGACACACUGAUUCCGACAUGAUAGAUUUAGUAUCGGAAAUGGAAAUUAUGAAGAUGAUCGGUAAACAUCAAAACGUCAUAAGCUUACUGGGAUGUUGUUCACAAGAUGGACCUUUGUACGUGCUAAUGGAAUUCACAUUAUACGGUAACCUCAGAGAUUUCUUAAGAAACAACAGACCAACCUCAGGCAGAAGAACGGGUAGAGUAGGAAUUCUCGGUUACCCCUUAGAUGAAUCUCAUUUAUUAUCAUUUGGAUAUCAAGUUGCCAAUGGAAUGAAUUAUUUAUCUUUCAGAAAGUGUAUUCACGGAGAUUUAGCUGCAAAAAAAGUCUUGGUAAACGAAGAUCUAAAGUUGAAAAUUUCAGAUUUCGGCUUAGCUAGAGACAUUCAAAAUCAAGAUUAUUAUAGAAAAAAUACCGAUGGAAGAGAACCAAUAAAGUGGAUGGCGCCUGAAUCUCUUUUCUUUGGAUUGUACACAAUUCAAUCUAAUGUAUGGUCUUAUGGAGUGCUGUUAUGGGAAAUAAUGACUUUGGGUGGUACGCCUUAUCCUUCUGUACCUAACGUGGAGCAAUUGUUCAAUCUGCUACAAACCGGAUAUCGUAUGGAGAAACCGUUUUACUGUUCUCAGGAAGUAUAUUCGAUAAUGCAAAACUGUUGGAAUGACAAUCCGAACAAUAGACCCAAGUUCAAUGAUGUGAUGAAGAUUUUCAAUAAAAUAGGGUCGGAGACCAGCCACCUGGAUUUAGUUGAACUCAAGAUACCGCAGCCGCCCACACCACCACCAGUCAAUAAAAUCCAUUCGACUCAACAACCAGAGUUGAAUUUGUAGAGUAUUAAAA